UGCCGCUAUUGGCCAAUGCGGUGCGGAGCUACAGCCAGAGAUCCAUUACAGCCGACUGCAGCCUGAUUUCUCAAUCACACAGUGCAGAUCGCAGAGAAAACAACCCGAGAAACGCGCACACAGCCUUGCUGCUCAGAGAAAGCCUCCCUCUGGACUCUGAUGUUCAAUUAGCCUGAACAAUUGAAUCCAUUUUCUCUUCAUUAUCUGGGAUAUUUACCAUAUAUCUGGAUUUAUAAGCACUUUUUGUACAGAAUAAAGAAAAGAGCGUACGUGAAAAUGCAUGGGAUGGAAACCAGGCACAGACUGAGCGGCCGGGCAGUCAGACAGCAGGUACUGUUGUUUCCCUUCUUAUUCUCUUUGUUCUGCCGGGCGGUCUCGGAGCAGAUUCGUUAUUCGAUUCCGGAGGAAAUGGCCAAAGGUUCCCUUGUGGGGAAGCUCGCCAACGAUUUGGGGUUGAGUAUCCGAGAGCUUCCGCAGCGAAAGCUCCGUGUCAAUUCGGAAAAGCAAUACUUCAGUGUGAAUGGGGAAAAUGGCAACCUGUAUGUGAAUGGCAGGGUAGACCGGGAGGAGAUAUGCGGGGAAACACCCCUUUGUGUCCUGACACUCGAAACGGUGGUGGAAAAUCCUUUGAAUGUUUUCCAUGUGAAUGUAGCAAUCCAGGACAUUAAUGAUAACGCCCCGCGGUUCAAGACAAACAACAUUGAUUUAGCAAUUAUUGAAUCCGCACUACCUGGUGUGCGAUUUCCACUAGAAUCUGCUCAAGAUCCAGACGUUGGGGUCAACUCACUGAAGAGUUACCAACUCAGCAAGAACCCGCAUUUUAUCCUGUCAGUAAACGAGAGUCCAGAUGAAAACAAAUAUGCUGAGUUAAUUUUGGAAAAAUCUUUGGAUCGGGAAAAGCAAAACUCUCAUCACUUGAUCCUGACGGCUGUGGAUGGGGGAGAUCCAGUCAGAACUGGGACGGUUCAGAUUAGGAUUAAUGUCACUGAUACCAAUGACAAUCGCCCCGAAUUUACUGAAGAGAUCUACAAAGUAAGCCUGAGAGAAAAUCUACCAAAUGGCUCCUUAGUGGUUCAGGUGAAAGCCACGGAUCAGGAUGAAGGGUUAAAUGGCCAAAUCACAUACAUUUUUAGCAACAUUAAAGAAAAUGCUCGUAAAUUAUUUCAUUUAGAUCCUGUGAAUGGAAGAAUUACAAAUACGGGGAUUCUGGAUUUUGAGAAAACAAAUACAUACACAAUACGUAUAGAGGCCAGAGAUGCGGGAGGACAAUCUGCUCAUUGCAAAGUUCAAAUAGAAAUUCUUGAUGAGAACGACAACGUCCCAGAAGUGACGUUCACAUCUAUAUCCAGUCCCAUUCCAGAAGACUCAGUAGCCGGCACAGUGGCGGCUCUGAUCAAAGCCUAUGACCGAGAUGCCGGUGAAAAUGGAGACGUCACCUGUCAUCUUCAGCACAACUUGCCUUUUAAAAUAGUGUCGUCCUCUAAUAAUUAUUACAAAAUUCUCACAGACAGCACCCUGGACAGGGAAAGGACCCCGGAGUACAAUAUCACAAUCACAGUCACCGACAAAGGCUCUCCCCCCCUCUCCACCCAGAAAACCAUCUUGUUACAAAUCUCGGAUAUCAAUGACAACGCCCCUGUCUUUGAGAAACCUUCCUACACCGCCUAUGUGCCAGAGAACAAUCCCUCGGGGGCCUCUAUUUUCAGUGUAAAAGCCUCAGACCGGGAUCUGGACCGGAACGCCCGACUCACUUACUCAAUCCUGAGCAGCAACCUCGAGGAGCUGCCUCUCUCCUCCUACAUCUCCCCGGGUUACCUGGUCACUAAGGUGGUGGCGGUGGAUGCAGACUCCGGGCAGAACGCCUGGCUCUCCUACCAGCUGCUGAAGGCUACAGAGCCGGGGCUCUUCUCUGUGGGACUCCACAGCGGCGAGAUCAGGACAGCGCGCUACUUUCUCGACAAAGAUGCGCUCAAGCAAAGUCUGGUGGUUUUAGUGAAGGACAACGGGCAGCCCCCUCUCUCUGCCACGGCCACUGUCACGGUGGUGGUGGCUGACAGCAUCCCCGAAAUCCUCUCCGAUUUAAGCAGCCUCUCAGCUCCUACAGACCCCCAGUCCAGCCUCACCUUGUAUUUGGUGAUCGCCGUGGCUUCCGUUUCCUGCUUGUUCUUGACCUUUAUCAUAGUAUUACUGGCCUUGAGGCUCCGCCGGUGGAGAAACUCGCAGCUGUUUGACUCCUCGAGUGUGACUUUCAGUGGAGUUCCGGCUUCGCAGUUUGUGGGGAUCGAUGGAGUCAGAGCUUUUCUUCACUCCUACUCACAUGAGGUUUCUGUAACCACGGACUCCAGAAAGAGCCAAUUUACCCUACCAAAACGGAACUAUUCAAGUACCCUAACAUGUCAGUCAAUUGAUAAAAAAAAGGAAUCCGUCCUCAUGUCGGAGGAUUUGAGUUUGAGCAAUGGGGAUCAGCCACUUUUUCAGAGGCCUAUUGGUGGUUCACAGUUCUGUGUCAGCAACUCUGGCAUACUCACUACACCUAGCACACUGUUGUUAUGA